AUGGACGUACACUGGGAUGACUUGGAGGCUCCCUUGUCGCCGACCCCGUGCGCGGAGAUCAGUGACGACGAGCUGGUCUCCAUCUCCGUGCGCGACCUGAACCGACAGCUCAAGAUGAGAGGACUCACCCGGGACCAGAUAGUCAGAAUGAAGCAGCGUCGUAGAACGUUGAAGAACCGCGGGUACGCCGCGUCGUGCCGCAUCAAACGAAUCGAGCAGAAGGACGAGCUCGAGACUGAGAAGAGCCAGGAGUGGCAUGAUAUGGAACUAAUGCAAGACGAGAACAACAGGAUCCGUGAGGAAGUGGAAGCGCUGCGAGGGAAGUAUGAUGCACUGAAACGUUUCGCCAUCAUGAAAAAUAUACCAUUACCACCGGAACUGGAAAUACAGCCGUAG